ACGCGAACUCCGAUUUUGUGAAGGAAUUUCCUUAAACUAUCUGCAGGUUUAGUCCGCGAAGGACCGCUUAAAGAAAUUGUGCUCUUAUUAUGUGCGGGUGGCCAAAGUUUGGGGCUUAGUGGUGCGCAUUUGACGUCCUCGGACAUGGCCAAGAAAAUACCUUUUAACGUGGUCUUCGCCUCAGACGAGGAUGUUAAUUUUCCGGCCAGCGAGCUCAACAAUCACGGACCCACUGUUCACGGAUGGCGAAGUGCUCCGGACGCCAGCCUCACCUCUCAUGACAUAAUCCUCCGCUUUCAACAGCCGGCCAAGAUCUAUCGCAUCCAACUGUUGGCCCACCAGUAUCUAAUACCUGAGAAAGUGGAGCUUUGGCUGCACUACUCGCCCAAAUCCCUGCCCAGUACUCCAUCCUCGCAGUACUUUGACUUCCUGGGCUUCGUUGCCCUGGCGGACAAUGCGAACACCAACUACAAGUCCCGGGAGCUGCAGAGCGUCACCGUGUGUCCCCGUCGGGGUACACAUCUCAAGUUGCGUCUCAUUGGCGUCCAGGGCAAUGACUUCAAUGACACGGGUCAGAUUUCCCUGUUAGCGGUGAAUGUCCUGGGCGAGGAUCUGGAUGUGGGGCCAAAUAAUGGCAAUGGUGAGGAACACCUGGUCAGCGAGGCCCCACCACUGGACACGGCCACCGGGGAGCUAGCUUUGGCCUCCAUCUGCGACGACCUGCUGUUCUCGAUGUACGUGGAGGAGUCCAUUGUGCGGACCAUCCGGCAGCUGGAGCAGCGAAAGGUUUUGGCCGUUAACGCCGAGAGAUUCGAGUAUGCCCGCAAGCUGAAACUAUGCAUGACGGCUUUGAGGAGCGCCGGUGAGCGUUUGGGACGCUAUGCUCUGGCCAAACGGCAGGCUGUCCAGCAGGAGGACUUCACCACGGCGAGGCUGCGCAAGGAGCAGAUUGAGAUGUACCGGGCGGCAGUGCUGCGACAAUUGCAGGUACAUCAGCUCCUGGAACCGCAGGGUGUGCCUAUGAGCAGCAAUGACCAGAGUUGUGAGAUCUAUGCGGGUGGAAAACCCAGCCUGCCGGCGGCUCCUAGUCUGCAGGAUGUGGCCCAGGCCCUGGCGGAGGCAACAUUCAGUCCCAAGAGCCUGACAAGUCUUAGUUUGGAUGACAAGUCCUCAACGGAUGGCUCGCAGCCUGGUAAUGAUAAUGUGGUGACAGCUCCUGUUCCCAUUCCGGCGCCCACCUCACUGCAGGCCACGCCCACUCCCACGCUGGGCGGUUGGCGCAAGUCCCACGAUGAGCUGCCCCAGUCGCCACGCCUGCCGUCCAGGCACAGUUCGCCCAUGUCCAGUCGACAGGGAUCGCUGCGCAGGCGCAACAAGAGCGUGCCGCGCAACUCCUACGAGGAUUACGAAGAGCGGGCCAUUCCCACGCUGCGACAUUCAAAUACUAAUGAAUUUUUAAGGGAGUGCCAAGGCAACGCGCUUCUGGAAGCGGAUCCGAACCGGGGACGUUCGCGUUUGAAUGACCGCGAACGUCGCCAGGCAGCCCUACCCAUCCUGGUCUUCGGCAGUGAGCUGGUGGAGCAGUUCUACUCGCGUCAGUUUCAGGAUCGAGAGGAUGGCUUGCUGCGCCUGCGCAACUUCCUAAAGGAGCACGACCUGGUGGAGGCUUCGGGCAAUGAGCAUGCCGCCAGUCCCAACAAAGUGGCUCGCAGUGCAGCUCUGCUGCUCCAUCGCGCGGUGAGGGACGCCGUUUACUCCGUGUUUGGCCAGGCCACGGAGACGGUACGCAUGCUGUUCCUGGAGUACGUGCCCGGACGCGUUUCCCCCAACGAGGUGGCCCGUUGUGUGGACCGCCUGCUGCCCGAACUACUGGCCAAGUCGGGCGAUCCAUCGGCUCGACUGCACACCCUGGCCCAGCACACGAUCCUCAGCAUCGCCGCCUGUCCUGAGGUGGCGGAGCAGCACCUGGUUGCCCCGGCUCUAUCGCGAAGCGUUGGAUCCGGAACCCAUCAGCGACUGGCCAUGAGUCGACUGCAGAUGUUGGAGCAGCUUGUCCACACUCAGGGCAUCAGCACGGACAAGCACAGUGGCCUUACCUGCAGGGCAUUGUCCGAGUGCGGCUGCUCCGGCAUCCAUCAUCCGGCGGAACCGGUGCGAAAGGUGGCCGAACGGAUCCUGUUGCUCGUCUACAAGGUUAAUCCCCGAUUGGUACGCAAACAACUACCUCCGGAUGACGACAUCACGCGACGUAAUCUCUUGUAUCGCCAACUCUUCACCGAGUUCGACAAGUUGGAUCUGGAUCGCAAGCAGGAGCUGCUGGAGACCAACAAGUAUGGGGGCGGUCACAGCUCGGGGGAUGCGGCUACACCCCCUGCGGAUAAGGCCUCCACCAGCUCGGAUGCUUCUCGGCUGAUGAACAGUCGGAGUGGACAUGGUCUGGGCCCAGUGGCCAGUUCCAGUAAUGGUUAUGCGAGCUGCAAUGGAAAGCAGCAGUACAACGAGCAGCUGAAGCGCUCCAUGCUAUCGGUGUCGAACUCGCGCAAGGGAUCCGCAUCGAACUCGGAGUCCACCGAGGACAAUACACCCAAAAUACGUUGCCCCUUUUGCGAUUGGUCGUGUGUUGGCAGUGACACUAGCCAAUUGGACCGACACUACUGGAAGACCUGUCCCUUUUUGUCCAAGUGCCCACAAUGCAGCCAAGUGCUGGAGGUAGCUGCCCUCAACUACCACCUGACAACGGAAUGUGAUGCCAAGGAGAGCUAUGUGGUCUGUACCCGCUGCACCGAAUCGGUGCACAAGCAGCUGUAUGAGUUGCAUCAGAUGGAGGACUAUUGUCGAGAACUGAAAACGGGAGCUGCCCGAUGUCCCCUCUGCCAUGACGAUGUGCACCUGCCACAGGAUGGAGGAUGGAAAUUGCACCUCCUCAGCGCCGGCGGUUGUCCCGGGAAUAUUCGCAAAAAGAAUUUCAAAAAGUCAAAUUAGGCAACGUAAAAUUAACCGAUCUAUUGGCAUGCGUAGCGAAUUUAUUAGAGCAACUAUACUAGUCAGGAGGCUAACUCAAAGGAGCUAACUACCACACAUAUGCAGCCAUAACCAUUUAGUUAAUUAAAUCAAUUUGUUCUCACUCUCAACAAUUCAUUUAGACUCAUUUUGUUAAGCCAAUUAGUUAGACUUAUAAUGUGCAUUAUUUUGUAUUUUUUGGUAAGCAAUGUGAUUUGUUAAAGGUUACACGAAUUUUUGAAACGUCCUUACAAUAAAUAAAGCCCAUCCAUACAGUUUUAAACAUACAAA